UUUUCAGCGGAUAUACGCCACUCCAGUCAUCCGAGGAAAGAGCGAUGAAUGUCCUUGAGUUGAGUGGAAAAUAGGAAAGAGCAUUCCAGUCACCGCACGAUGGGUUAUUCCUUAUCCAACUGAACUUUUCCCCAUCCUUUCUCACCCAGUGUUCCCUCACCACCACCCAACAACAACCAUGAACUUGCUAUCCUCAGACCUCAGACAAAGACCCGCAUGGACCGAAGUCGUCUCUCAGCUGCUUCAUCAGCCUGGAGGGCAAUGGCAAGAGACUGAGCUGCGCUGCAACGACAUCACCCUCAUGGUCCCCAGCGGAAACAGUUACCGGGUCCUUCGUCUUCUGUUAUACUCGGCUGUUGAUGUCGGCAGGGCAAGAACAAUGCAGUGGAUCGGUGGACUGUAUGAUUUCUGUCGCUCGGAUCGAAGUGAUGCGUCGCACGCAAAGAUUGUUUAUGCGCUUGAGACCGACGAGGAAGGAAAGGAAAAGGGGAUGGAGGGGUUCAUGAAGUUGCAGAUUAGUCUCCUCUCAACUCGAAACCCACCCCUCUCCUCCAUCCCCAUCCUCCCCAUCUCCCACCCUGCAGACCUCCCAUCACUCCUCUCUUCCCUCCAACAACAACCACCUCCAGUCCCUACUCCAGCACCAGCUCACAUCCCAAUCCCUCAAGCUACCUCUACCCACACUCACCACCACCCAAACAGCUAUCAGCAUCAUCACCCAAGGGCACCCUACGUCACCACCUCCAUCCCUAGCAGAGACACCCUCCUCCCGCUCUGCACCGUCCCCACAGCCACCCACCGCAACCGGUCCCGCUCUUAUAUUCUCUUUCACCCUCUUUCCCCUCAGUCAUGCGCGAUUCUCACCGGUCCUAUCUUCAGAAACUUCCCUGGCCUCAGAGACCUGCUAGAGCUAGUCGAGACACCAGAGGGAAAAGAGCAAAUCAGAAACGCGAUGGCGCUAGCAUCGGGGGGUAGUGAGCAGGUAGAAGUGGAAGUCGAGAGGUUUCUGGCUUUUUGGGAGCAUGAGUUUGCUGUUUAGUGGUUGCUGUACAUAGGUAUGUGGUUUGGAGGUAUGGGGUUUUGAGGUACAUGAAGACCAAAGUGGGAGGGAACGGCACCUGGUACUUUCCUCUUGAGUUAAUUCUCUUUAUCCAUCUUCUUUCCUCCUGCUACAUAUUUUCCAAGUUUCGCCAUCAUCAUGUUCGGCAAAAUAUUUCCUAGGUAGGUACCUAGGGAAACAGCACCCACAGCCCCAUAUGGCUUGUGUGCCAUAAGGAGGACGGACCAGAAGGAACUAUCAAGAGAAACAAACAAGGAAAACGGCCCAAAGUAAAAAAUCU